AUGUCAUCUUCUUUUACGAACGCUUUGGCUCACGAAAAAUCUCCUUACCUACUUCGACACAAAAACAACUUAGUGGAUUGGAAACCUUGGGGUGAGGAUGCCUUCAGGCUCGCAAAAUCGCUGAAUCGUCCUAUUUUUCUUUCGGUUGGGUACUCAACAUGUCAUUGGUGUUACGUGAUGGAGAGGGAAUCUUUCGAAAACGAGUUGAUAUCAAAAGCAGACUUGUUAUUCUUUUCUUUUCAUGUUGACAGAGAAGAAAGGCCAGAUGUUGAUACCUAUUACAUGAAUUUUGUCAGGAAUAUUUCUAAUUCUGCUGGUUGGCCUAUGAGUGUUUUCAUGGACUAUCAUGCGGUUCCAUUCAUGGGAGGCUCUUACUUUCCGCCUUUUUCGCAGGAUGGUAGAAUGGGCUUCGCAGCUCUCUUGAAACUCAUAGCUGACACAUGGUCAGAAGAGCCAACUCUUCUUCGAUCGCAAUGGAAAUCCAUGAGGGAUUCUAUGGUUCCUGUUCAUAUUCAUUGUAAAGAUGCGAAUAUUCCUAACAACGAAGAAUUAGUUACAAAAACAGUGGAGAAAUAUGAGGAUCAGUUCGAUCAUGAGUUCGGCGGGUUGAAAUCACACUCGAAAUUCUCGAGAGCUCCAAUUCUGGCUCUUUUCAAUGUUCUGAUUGGAAGAAUAGGUCCGAAAGAGUCCGAGUUGAAAACUACACUUGUUACGAUGGUUGAUAGAACUUUGAAAGCGUUGUCGUUAGGUGGAAUACGAGAUCACAUGGAAGGAGGUUUUCAUAGAUACACUGUUGAUCACAAAUGGAUAGUUCCUCACUUUGAGAAAAUGUUAUACGAUCAAGGCCAGCUUCUGACAGUUUUCGCUGAGUUCUCCUUGAUGGCUCAUGGACGAUACAACUUCAUUUUGGAAGAAGUAGUGUCGUAUUUAAGUUCUCGGUUGAAACACACAGAAGGGGGUUUCUACACAGCCGAAGACGCUGUAUCUCAUGCGAGCGUUGGCUCUGGAAAAGAAGUGGAGGGAGCGUUCUAUGUGUGGGAUUAUUCAGAGGUUGCGGAAGCACUGAAAAAUAGCAAUGGGAUAGGUGGCUUAUCUGCUGCAGAGUUAUUUACUGUAUACUAUAACAUUAGCGAAGACGGGAACGCUGCGCACACUCAAGACAUAACCCACGAUUUGUAUCGUAAAAACGUUCUUUAUAUGAGCAAGCCUCAUGAUCUUAUUGCUUCAGAGCUCGGAGUGAGCUCGAUUGAGCUUGAUGACACAAUCAAAUCGCUUAAGAAUAUCUUGUCGAAAGUUCGAUGUUCCAGACCUCAUCCGUUUGUUGACUCAAAGAUACUCACGGACUAUCAAGGCCAUGUGCUGUCUGGAUUGGCUAAAGCUUACCAAGCUUUAAACUGUGAGAAGACCUUAAAGUUAGCUGAGAAUUGUGCUGAAUUCUGUAAAAAAUAUUUGGAAAUCGAAGAAGGUGGUCUGAGACAUUGUGUUUUCAAAACUGAGGAUAACACAAUCGAGUUCUCAACUGGUGAUGUCAUAGGGUUUUCCCAAGAUUAUGCUUAUUACAUACAAGGACUUCUGGAUUUAUACUCUGUGAGUGGAAACGAAGAUCUACUACUGAGAGCGAAGAAAUUGCAACACCUUAUGAUAGAGAAGUUAUGGGAUGAAACAGAAAAUGAGUAUGGCUUUUUCAUGUGUGAAGAUUCUGCUCUGAAAAAUGGAUUACGAUCAGAAGGCGAUGGAGUUGAACCAGCUCCUUCUGCUAUAGCAGCUUCAAACCUUCUCCGGCUCUCCUGCAUUUAUAGUGAUGACAUAUUAAAAGAAUAUGCCGAGAAGAUAUUCCGAGGAGUAGGUAAAAUCCUCGCAAUGUAA